GAAUUUUCUGCUUGGAUUUCUGCUCCUUAUUCAGAAAACUGGAAUGUACCAGAACCACACCAAACACACAAACAACAACUGCAGCAAAAGCCUUCUCUGUGAGAACAAGGCGAAGCUUGUCCAGGCUAUUAAAAGAAUCAAACUUGAGGUAGACGAAUGCAGAGAAGCAGAGAGAGAGACGCACACAGACUCGGUAGAAAUAGAGAACAGGUUUGACAAACUAGAACGAGAAAUCAGAGCCGAGUUUCAGAACCUCCAUCGUUUCUUGGAAGAGGAGGAGUAUCGGGACCUGGAAAGGCUGAGGAAGGAGAGACAGAAACAGCUGAAGCAGCUGAAGGAGAGAGAGAAGAAGAUAGAAGCGCAAGGAAGAGACCUGGAGAGGGCAAUAACAGUGCUGAACAGCAAGCUGGCCGAGGAGGAUAGUCCUAAACUCCUCAAAGAAAUCCAGGAUCUUGUAAAAAGAUCUCAGGUCCACUUUAUUCUUCCUGCAGAAGUGGACACUGAGGUCCACUCAGGUUGGUUUGUGGGUCCCAUCCAAUACAGAAUAUGGAAACACAUGAAAAGCUGCCUCUACCCAAAUAUUACAUCAGUGAGGUUUGACCCCGAGACUGCCCACCCUAAUCUAUCGCUGUCUCCAUCCUGCACUUCUGUUUGGUUCGAUGAAGAUAAAGACACUUCAGAAGUCGAAGCCAACUCACGUCGGUUCCACUAUUAUUACUGUCUCCUGGGCCAGCAGGGCUUUGGCACCGGCCGAUACUACUGGGAGGUGGAGGUGGGCAACAAGACAGCAUGGAGGUUGGGCGUGGCGCAGGAAGAUGUUCCAAGAGGAGAGAUGACAGCAACAGGAACCUCCGUCGGCCUCUGGACGUUGGCCUUCAAGGGCGGAUCUAUCCUCGCCUGCACGGAUCCGAAACCCACUAAGAUCAACGUGUCCACCCACCUUGUCCGCAUUGGCGUGUUCUUAGACUGUGAGGGGGAGGAGGUGACUUUCUAUAAUGCUGUGACCAUGGCGCCCAUUUACACUUUUUCCACAGGAACUGUCAUGGUUCCCCUGUUUCCCUUUUUCAACCCGUGUGACACAGAUGAUGGAAAGAACACGGCACCAAUCACAAUGUUUAACCCCUCACUUUAAGAUGCUGGUCUCAGCAGCUGGAUUGAUGAUGGACAAACUGAAUCUUAAAAAAAUCAUUCAAAAUUUGUUUCAUUGGUUAGUUAGCUAGAUACCAAACAGAUUCUGGUAUAUUAAUAUUAUUAUUAUUAUUAUUAUUGAUAGCCAAAAUACUUCUCAUUAUACAUCUAACUGAAAUGUCUGUGAUCAUUAAGAUAUUAAGACUGAGCUUUAUUAACAUGCAAAGUUGUCUCUCUCUGAAUAUGAGGCACUUAGAAAUAGAAUAAACAGCGUCAUGUUGUGA